GGCUAUAAAAGGGGAGCGCUGAGGAAGAGACUUGUUUUUGUUCGAGCAGUUGCAGCAGCAUAGAAGACAGAAGACAUCUUUUACAGGGAUUGGGUGUGUAAAGGCAAAGCGGGGGAUGUGGGCGUGGCUAAGCCUGCUCCUCGCGCUCGGCGCGCUCCAUGGGGGCGGGGCUGAGAGCGAGGGAGGGGGGCCGCGCUGCCAGACGCCCCCCUCCUGGAAGAUCGGAGAGGUGGAGCCCAUGAAGGAGGCCAUGGGCAAAGUGACUGUGGUGGCACUGUUCCAGGCCAGCUGACUGUUCUGCCUGGUGCAGGCUGGCAGAAUGGACAGCCUGCGCCAGAAACUGGAGAGUCAGGGGCUUAAGAAUAUAGUGUACAUGGUCAUCAACCACCAGGGGGCGCAAGCACAGCGCCUUCACACCCUUCUGGCAGAGAAACUGUCAGCAGACAUCACACUGUACAAACAGGCAGAGGACCAACCUGACGUGUGGACCACUCUGAAUGGAGAGAAGGACGACUUCUUCAUCUAUGACAGAUGUGGGCGUUUGACCCAGCACAUUUCACUUCCAUACUCCAUCAUUGGACAGGGUUAUGUUGAGAAAGCUAUUCGAGACACCUACUGCACACGCAUCUGUGGAGACUGCACUCAUGAGAGCUCAGACAUCCCAGAGGAGUGCAGAGCGAGUCCAACUGAGGCUCAGCCGGACACCGAGGCUGUCCCAGCUGCUGACCCACAACCAGUACACCCCGGGCAUCACCACGGGCAUCACCACGGGCACCAUCAUGGGCACCAUCAUGGUCACCACCACCCUCCUCCCUUGGGUCGCCAUGACGGGCAUGAGCAGCACCAUGGCAACCAACAGCAAGUUAGCCAGCCCAACCAACAGGAAGUUAGCCAGCCCAACCAACAGGAAGUUAGCCAGCCCAACCAACAGGAAGUUAGCCUGCACAACCAGCAGGAAGUUAGCAGGCAUAACCAACAGGAAGUUAUCCAGCAGGGUCAGAGUGAUUUCGACCUUAGCCAGAUGCAGCAGGUGGCACAGGUCAUGCACAGACCUUGAGCUGUAGAGAAAGCCAAAUGAAAGUCCAAACACAGCUGACAGUGGACAGCCGAUUCUGACAACCAGGCUGCUCCCAAAACCAGCUGAUGUUGACACUGACGGAGGCUGUUUGGCGAGGGUGGCACCGGGGUUGAGAAGCAGGAGCCUGUGGGCCUGUGACACUGUGAGGAUGCCCUUCCGGCUUCCUGACGGUGACACGGGCUAACGGCAAACGGAGAGUUCAACGCUGUCACAGAGAACUGACAGUGACGAGCGCCCCCUGCUGACUGACCACAGCCACAGCCAGCAGCCCCCUGAGCCUGACCCCCACAUGUGCAGAGCUGAGAAUGACAGCACAUGUAAAUUAGCUGCAAAGUCAAGCUAAUUUUUUACACCAGCUCUGAGCAUUGUGGGUCAUUAUGGCUCAUUUUACCAACUAGUAUUACUCUGAGAGAGGAGGGAGGGCCUCGCAAACAAUAAAACAUCUUCAGAAGAGGUAUGACUUUACAAUAACCAAACUAGAAUUAGUUACUGAAGAACUCCAAUUACACUAUUAUUGUCAAUUAACCGUAUAUACAACACAAGAAAAAGUACAAAUAGGAGGAGUGUUAUAGUCUAAUUGGUUUGUAGCUAAAGAAAAAUCCAAUUCGAUCAACUUUAAAAGACAAGUGGCUUCUUCAGUUCUGGUCAGAUUUCUGGUGGACACUGCCUUAUCUGAAGGGAAGAGCUAACUACACUGAAACAAACAGACCUAUUGUUUACAGUUUCUGUUUGUUAGCUCCAAAUAACCAUUAGGGGCCUGAAUGAUUAUGCAAAAUAUUACUCACUGCUUCCACAUAGUGUAGUUCAAUAGAUCUAUCUAACAAACAGAAAUUGUAAAAAGUAGGUGUGUUAGUUUCAGUGUAGUUCGCUCCUCCCUUUAGACAGAUAUAAGGCAGUGUCCACCAGCAAUCUGACCAGAAUUGAAGAAGCUGCUUGGAUGACUGAGGGAUUACAGAGAUAUGUUUCUAAUUGGUUUGAUAAAAAUAACAUGUGUGGGUGUAAACAAGUUUAAACAUCUCCUUAGACUUAGCAGUAUACAGUCCCCCAUUAUAUUAUAGGAGGCUUAUUGUAAAAUGAUACUAAAUGAAAGUAAAUACCAUCUGGCGUUCCUCCAAUCCUUUCUCAGCAGUGUAACGUCUUAUUGUCAUGUUCAGUGGUUAGGUUUUUCCAUAUUACUCCCUCCUUCGUUUAUGAAGGUAGAUGCAGAAACUACGCUCUAGUGGCAUCUGUCUGAAAUUUGGAAGGAGGAAGCGGAGAUACUUAAAACAUGAACGUGGUCAAUUUUUUAAAAUGUUAUCGAUUUGAAGGAGUUUUUCAAAGUCAAAUGUGUGAAUUUUAAGACGUAUACCAAGUGACACAGGCAUUAUAAAGCAAAAUUGAAAUCAGAUCAUACGUGUGUUAUGUCACAUCUUGCAUUCGUCACCUGCAUUCCUUGUCUUUUUGAGUAUCUUUUAGUUUUUUAUAGCAGUUUGCACUCAUUUAUAACGCGUUCUUUCAAGAGAUCAAAAUACAUGAAGACUCCAGCGUAUGGCGAAGUUGAAGGAAAAGUUUGGAGUUAUAUAAAGUUGGAAUACUUUCUGUGCUUUAUGAUGAUUUGUGGGGAAAGACCCAAUUAGUCACCCUGAAAAUCUGAUGUCUGUGCAGAAAAGUGUUUUGUGUGAAAAUCAAAGCAGGAAAUGUUGAGUUGAAUAAAGUGCUGGAGGAAUUCUAA